AUGACGACGAUCGGCACCAAGCGGAAGGCCGACGUCCUCGAUGACACUGCCACUCCCCGUCGCAUCAAGGCUCUCGACCAAGAUGUCGUCAACAAGAUUGCCGCCGGGGAAAUCAUUGUGGCUCCCGUCCACGCGCUGAAAGAGCUGAUCGAGAACGCCGUGGACGCGGGAUCCACGUCGCUCGAGGUCCUGGUGAAGGAUGGAGGCCUGAAGCUGCUGCAGAUCACCGACAACGGCUGCGGCAUUGAUAAGGAAGACCUGCCCGUGCUGUGUGAGCGUUUCACGACCUCCAAGCUGGAGAAGUUUGAAGACCUCCAGACCAUUUCCACCUACGGCUUUCGCGGCGAGGCACUGGCCAGCAUCAGCCAUAUUGCCCAUCUUACUGUGACCACCAAGACGGCCGACUCCGACUGUGCCUGGCGUGCCUACUACGAUGGCGGGAAGCUGGUGCCGGCGAAGCCCGGCCAGUCGCCCGACCCUAAGCCUGUUGCCGGCCGUCAAGGCACUCAGAUUACCGUCGAGGACCUGUUCUACAACGUCCCCACACGCCGGCGAGCCUUCCGGUCCGUUUCGGACGAGUACAAUAAGAUCAUCGACAUGGUUGGCCGGUAUGCCAUCCACUGCUCCGGUGUUGCCUUCUCUUGUAAGAAGCACGGCGAGUCGUCGACGAGCAUCGCCGUCCAAGCCGGCGCCUCAUGCCUCGACAGGAUCCGGCAGAUCUACGGCAGCAGCGUCGCCAACGAACUCACUGAGUUUUCCACAUCCGACGACCGCUGGGGUUUCAAAGCUAAGGGGCUGGCUACCAACGCCAACUACAGCACAAAGAAAACGACCAUCUUGCUGUUCAUCAACCACAGGUGCGUCGAGUCAUCCAACAUCCGGAAAGCCAUCGAGCAGACAUACUCGGCUUUCCUGCCCAAAAACGGCCACCCUUUCGUGUACCUGAGCCUCGAAAUCGAUCCGCGUCGGGUAGAUGUCAACGUGCACCCCACGAAGAGGGAGGUGAACUUCCUCAACGAAGAUGAGAUCAUCCAAGCGAUCUGCGAGCAUAUCCGCUCCAAGUUGGCAGCAGUCGAUGCCAGCCGGACGUUUCUUACGCAAAGCCUGCUUCCAGGCGGCACCUGGUCCGGGCCGGCCCCAGAACCGCAGCAGUCAGCAGCCGCAACCCCUUCUAAGCCGGGCGCCGCCGCCGCUCGAAAGACUCCGGCCCGGCCGAGCGAGAACAACCUCGUCCGGACAGACACCAACCUGCGCAAGAUCACCAGCAUGUUGCCGCCCGCCGCGGCCGCCAGCGGUGGUGGCGCUUGCGGUGUUGGUGGUGAGUCGUCGUCAAAACUACAUCUCGAUGCCGACAUGAUCGAAUACGAGACGGUCGAUCGCGAAGUGACGGCCUGCCGCCUGAUCAGCGUGCGCGAGCUGCGCGCCGCGGUCCGGGAAGACAUGCACCACGAGCUGACCGACAUCUUUGCCAACCACACGUUCGUCGGCGUCGUCGACGAGCGGCGCCGCCUUGCCGCCAUCCAGGGCGGCGUGAAGCUGUACCUGGUCGACUACGGCCGCGUCUGCUUUGAGUAUUUCUACCAGCUCGGCCUGACCGACUUUGGCAACUUUGGCGCCAUCCGCUUCAGGCCCCCGCUGGACCUGCGCGAGCUGCUCACCUUGGCUGCGCAGCAGGAGAAGGAUGCCGCCGCGGGAUCUGGAGAGGAGGGCGGCGAGGACGCCGAGUUCGACGUCGCGGAAAUCGUCGAGCUCGUGGCCGACCAGCUGAUCGAGCGGCGCGAGAUGCUGCUCGAGUACUUCUCCCUCGAGAUCUCCCCCACCGGCGAGCUGCUCAGCAUCCCCUUGCUGGUCAAGGGGUACACCCCGGCCAUCGUGAAGCUGCCCCGCUUCCUCCUGCGGCUGGGGCCUCAUGUCAACUGGACCGAGGAGAAGCCCUGCUUUGAGUCCUUUCUCAGGGAGCUCGCCGCCUUCUACGUGCCCGAGCAGCUCCCCGCCACGCCGGGCAAUGCCGAAACCGCCGCCGCCGCCGCCGACGCCACCGCUGCUGCUGCUGCCGAGGAUGAGAUGCAGAUCGACGACGAGAUCAAGGCCCGACGGAGCCAUGUCCGCCGCGCGGUCGAGCAUGUUCUCUUCCCAGCGUUCAAGUCCCGGCUGGUGGCGACCAAGUCACUGAUGCCUGGCGCCAUCCUCGAGGUGGCUAACCUGAAAGGGCUGUACCGCGUGUUUGAGCGGUGUUAG